AUGACUUAUUCAAACUUCAGACAAGGACAAAGGUUACCAAGUUUACGAUUAUACAGUCAAAAGACUCAUUAUAGUAUAAGAUCUUCAAUUUUGAAUCUGCCAUUGGCUACACAUGGAGCUUCUGUCGUUGAUGCUGCUGUUGACGUUGUUGAUGUCGACGGUGUCGUCGAAGCCGAUGACGCCGUUGAAGUCGAUGAUGGUGGUGACGCUGAUGAUGCCGUUGAAGCCGACGAUGCCGUUGAAGCCGUUGAUUCCGUUGAAGCCGAUGAUGGUGGUGACGCUGGUGACGCCGACGAUGCCGUUGAAGCCGUUGAUUCCGUUGAAGCCGAUGAUGGUGGUGACGCUGGUGACGCUGAUGAUGCCGUUGAAGCUGGUGGUUCCGUUGAAGCUGACGAUGCUGUUGAAGCCGAUGAUGGUGGUGACGCUGGUGACGCUGAUGAUGCCGUUGAAGCUGGUGGUUCCGUUGAAGCUGACGAUGUCGUUGAAGCCGACGAUGAUGGUGACGCUGGUGACGCUGAUGAUGCCGUUGAAGCUGGUGGUUCCGUUGAAGCUGACGAUGCCGUUGAAGCCGAUGAUGGUGGUGACGCUGGUGACGCUGAUGAUGCCGUUGAAGCUGGUGGUUCUGUUGAAGCCGAUGAUGCCGUUGAAGCUGGUGAUUCCGUUGAUGCCUUCAAAGCCGGUGUAGUUUGUGUACAAGUAUAG